CAAGCCUCGGCCCUCAUUCCGUAACGCGACCCGUGUAUCGAACUCAUAUCACCAGUGUAGCCAUGCCCGAGAUCACACCCACAGCGGCUGGCUGGUGCGUCUUCUAUGGCUUUGGCAUCGUGGGGACCCUGGUCAUGUAUGGCCUCCUGCAGGAGGGCAUCAUGACCGUGGCAUAUGAUGGGAUCCUCUUCGAAUACUCAGUGUUCCUGGUGUUCUGCAACCGCAUGGCUGCCGUCUUCUUUGCGAUCGCCAUGGCUUACAGCAAGGGCGAAAGCAUGCAGAACGCAGCGCCGCUUUGGAAAUACCUCAUCGUGUCCUUUUCCAACGUCUAUGCCAGCAGUUGCCAGUACGAGGCCCUGAAGUACGUAUCUUUUGCAGUGCAGAUGCUGGGAAAGAGCUUCAAGAUGAUGCCCGUGAUGAUUUGGGGCAUCAUCAUCUCAGGGAAGGCAUACGGGGCCCGGGACUGGUCGGUGGCUCUGGCUGUGACCUUGGGCUGCACCGAGUUCCUCAUGACGGGCCCCACGCACUCCAAGGUGGACACUGGCAACAGCUUCAAGGGCUUCGUCCUUUUGGGCGGCUUCCUGGCGCUGGAUGGACUGACCUCCACGUUCCAAGAGAAGCUCUUCAAGGAGCACCAGACCACCAAGUACAACCAGAUGAUGUACAUCAACCUACUUUCCGCCAUGGUGUCCCUCGUUACCUUGUGCGCCACUGGUCAGCUGGUACCGGCUGUGACCUUUGGCAUGGAGCACCCACAGUUCUGGAUGGACUCCCUCAUGCUUAGCGCCUCAGCGGUGGCCAGCCAGUUCUUCAUCUACUCUCAGAUCAAGGAGUUUGGGGCCUUGGUCUUCGCUGCCACGAUGAACGUGCGCCAAGUGGUGUCCAUCCUGGUGUCCUAUAUGAAGUACCACAACCCCGUGACUCUUCUUCAGGUCCUGGGACUGAUGAUCAUCUUCUCAGCUCUCUUCUACAAGUCGACGGCGUCCAUGAUCGAUGCCCCCUCCAAGGAGGAGAAGAAGCCGCUUGUGGAGAAAGCACAGGAGGACGCCCAGGAUGCAAUCACCAACGCCGACAAGAAGGUGUAAGCGGCGUUCGAACAGGACGGAUGUGGCAGCACGAUCACCCGCGCGGCUCCAGAAAUGGAAGGCCUUUUGUGACAAUGAUUUGUUUGGGG